AUGCAUGAUACUGUAAAACAUAUACUUCAAAAUUUCAAAUAUUUAAUUGAAAAAUAUGGAUAUAUACCAAAUGGUGGUCGUACUUAUAUGUUACAACGUACUCAACCACCUUUUUAUAUUCCAAUGGUUUACGAAUAUCAUACUGUAACGGCAGAUGAUGAAUUUCUGCUCAGUGUUAUGAGUACUAUGGAAGCGGAAUUUGAAUUUUGGAAAAAACAUCGGACAAAAGUAAUUUCAAAAAAAGGCAAAAAUUAUACUGUAUUCCAAUAUAUUUCACCUGUUAAUACACCUCGUCCGGAAGCAUAUCGUAGCGAUUUUCUUGCGGCUGAAAGUGUUCCGGAAAUUAAACGUCGACAAAUAUGGACUGAUAUUAAUAGUGCUGCGGAAUCUGGUUGGGAUUUUAGUAGUCGAUGGCUUAGUAAUAGUAAAACAAUGGAUAGUAUUGAAACAUCAAAUAUUGUACCGGUUGAUUUGAAUGCAUUAAUGUGUUGGAAUAUGGAAAUUUUAGCACAUUUACAUGGAGAAAUUGGUGAUACAAGUCGUCGAGCAGAAAUAAAUAUUGAAAGAGCAAAAUUUGUUGAUACAUUUGAAGCGGUAUUCUUUGAUGAUCGUGAAGGUUCUUGGUUUGAUUUUAAUUUAAAUACCGGUGAACGUAUUGAUGAUACAUAUCCAUCGAUAGCUGUUCCAUUAUUUACCGAAUGUUAUAGUAGUUUAAAUAAUCCAAUGUUGGUUGAAGUAUUGGGAACAUUACAACGUAAAGGAUUAUUACAAUUUCCCGGUGGUAUACCAGCAAGUUUGAUUCGUGGUUCAAAUCAACAAUGGGAUUAUCCUAAUGGUUUUGCACCAAUUAAUCAUAUGGUUAUCGAAGGUUUACGUAAAUCAAAUCAUCCAAUCAUGCAACAAAAAGCAUUCGAAUUAGCAAAUCGAUGGAUUAAUCGAAAUUAUGAAGUUUAUCAAUCAGAUCAUAAAUUAUGGCAACGAUAUGAUGUAGCUAAAGAUCAUAUACGAUCAUCAGAUGAUGAUGAUAAUAAUAAUGAAGAAGGUUAUGGAUGGACAAAUGGUGCAUUGUUGGAUUUAAUGGUAACAUACAGUAAACGAAUUAGUGUAUCUGAUAAGAUUACUACAGUAGACGUAUCUGAAAUAAUCGACAAUGAACCAGCUGAUAUAUUAAUAAAAAAAUUGGAAGAUGUAUUUGGUUCAUGGAUUGUCGUAAAGAAACGUUUGAUACGUGUAGCUUCUUACAUUUUGAAAUGUAGUUAA